CUCUCCCUUGCAGGAGGAGGGCGUUUUUUUUCUUUCUCUCUCCUCUGCAUCGUCUUCCACUCUCUCAGACGCGUAUUUCGACUCGCCCUUGAAGACGCUGGAAAUGGUGUCUCCUCCGUUUUGUUAGGGUCGCUCUGUUGGAGUUGUUUCUGAUGAACCGUAAGUGCACCAUGCUGCUGUUGGCUCUCCAGCUGUACCUCGGUCUCAUUUGUGCGCAGGGACAACUUGACCAACCGCAGUUUGAGGAUGAUGUGGACCUGACAGACUUCGAUUUGGACAUUGCACCACGUAGAGUCCCUCGGCAGGUCAAAAACAUAUUGGCAAAGGAGAUCAAGCCUCUCAUACAGGAGCUCUCCAUCAAGACCACCAUCAUCUCCCGCUAUGCCUUCACGGCGGUGUACUGCGCCAUGCUCAACCGCCAUUCGGCCGCUUCUGAGGGGGUCUUCCAGUUUCAGCUCCCGGCCGGGGCAUACGUCUCCAACUUCACCAUGAUCGUGGGAGGGCGUGUCUACCAGAGCGAGGUCAGGCCAAAGCAAAAGAGGGUCAAACAGGAGAACGGCAAACCCAAGAACAAAGGGUCAAGUGAUGCAAGUCCAGAACCUGAGGUGGAGGUGUUCAGAAUGGCCGUUAGCAUACCGGGCAGGAACCGGGCCAUCUUUCUGUUGACAUACGAAGAGCUUCUGCAGCGCCGGCUGGGGCGCUACGAGCAGGUGACCAGCCUGAGACCCCUGCAGCUGGUCAGCCGGCUCACUCUGGACGUGACUAUUGUGGACCACUCGCCCAUCCUGGACCUGGAGGUGCUGCCGCUCCGCAACGGCAAAAGCAGUGGCUCUUUCAGCACGGCAUCGGGUCUUAAAGCGUCCAAGACACCAGCCAAGCCCGAGCUUCCCAUCACCACUGUUGUCAAAAACGAAAAAAACGUCUGGAAGAUCACCUUCAGCCCAAACAUCGUCCAACAAGCCAAGAUCACCACCAGCGGCAUCCUGGGAGACUUUGUGAUCCGCUACGAUGUCCAGAGAGACAUGGGAAUCGGAGACAUCCAGGUUUUGAACGGACACUUCGUCCACUACUUUGCCCCCAAAGACCUGCCUGCUGUGCCCAAGAAUGUGGUGUUUGUGAUCGACACCAGCGCUUCCAUGUUGGGCACGAAGAUCAGACAGACCAAAGAUGCUCUCUUCACCAUCCUGAAGGAUCUGCGACCCGGCGACCGUUUUAACUUCAUCAGCUUCUCCAAUAGGAUCAAAGUCUGGCAGCCAAAUCGUCUCGUGCCAGUGACACCGCUGAAUAUCAGAGACGCCAAGAAGUUUAUUUACAUGCUGAUGCCAACUGGAGGCACAAACAUCGACGAUGCCAUCCAGACUGGCUCCACUUUGCUUCGCGAGUACCUCUCGGGCUCUGACGGCAGCCCCAACAGCGUCUCGCUCAUCAUUUUCCUGACGGACGGACGGCCCACGGUCGGAGAGAUCCAGUCCCAUUCCAUCCUGGGGAACGCUCGCUCAGCCGUGCAGGAGAAGUUCUGCAUCUUCACGAUCGGGAUUGGCAACGACGUGGACUACCGGCUGCUGGAGCGCAUGGCUCUGGAUAACUGUGGGAUGAUGAGGCGAAUCCAUGAGGAUGCUGACGCCAGCGGCAUGCUUAAAGGAUUCUACGAUGAGAUAGGAACUCCUCUGCUGUCUGACAUAAGGAUCAACUACACGGAGAACUCCGUCAGUUACGUCACUCAGAAUCUGUUCUCCAACUACUUCAAUGGCUCGGAAAUCGUCAUCGCUGGAAAGCUCACAAACCAAAGCGCCGAGUCCCUCCACGUCCAGGUUACCGCCAGCAACAACGACAGGAGCAUCGUCCUGGAAAGCGACGUGCCUCUACGCCGCCGGCAGGUAGAGACCGAGAAGCACGUGAAAGCCGCGACCGCCGCCAUGGCCGCCGGAAGCAAGACCCCGGCGUCGUCGGCGGCACAGGGAUUGGGAAUCCCUCUGGGCUCCAUUGCGGAAGACUUCGUGGAACGCGUCUGGGGGUUCCUCAGCGUCAAGGAAGGGCUACGGUCGCGACUGCGAAGCCAGACCAGCAAAGAGCGAGACGGUCACACCCAACAGGCCACCAACCUGUCUCUGACGUACAACUUCCUCACCCCACUUACCAACAUGGUGGUGGAGAAGCCCGAAGUCCUGGCCGAUGGCACUAUGGCGCCAGCGCCCACCAUUCCACCGGCAGCUGCCCAAGCUGCCCAGCCUGCUAACGAUCUGCCGGGGGAAAUGGACUAUGAAAAGCCACGGACACUGGACAGGAAACUCGGCAGUCAGACUUCACCUGUGAGCAACAACAUAGGGAACGUUGGAAGAAGACCUGUCAAGAAAUCCAUCACCAUCUCCAAAACUUCAGCUGAUGGUGACCCCCACUUUGUGGUGGAAUUCCCGCUCAGUAAACUAACCGUGUGCUUUAACAUCAACGGUGAGCCUGGGCAUGUUCUUCGCCUGGUCUCCGACCACAAAUAUUCUGGUGUGACUGUCAAUGGAAAGCUAGUUGGUGCUCCAGCUCCACCAGGAAGCCACAAGCAGCAGCGCACCUACUUCAGCACCAUCACAAUUGUGGCGGACCACCCCAAGCGCGCCUACAUCGAAGUGACCCCUAAGAAAGUCAUCCUGGACGGACGGGACCGCAUCGUCCUGCCCUGCCACUCCACGGUGACUGUGGACAGCGGCGUGCUGGCCGUGGCUAUCGUGGGAAACUCCAACGUGACUGUGUCGGUGGGGGGGAACAUCAGCUUUGUCAUCUUGCUGCAUCAGUAUAAGAACCCAGCUCCCUACCAGAGAGACCAUUUGGGGUUCUACAUCGCCAACAGCAAGGGGCUGUCUCACAACUGCCAUGGUUUGCUAGGCCAGUUCCUGCAUGAGGAAGUGGGAUUGGCAGAGCUUCCUGCAGAGGGACACACGAAGCCCUCCCAGGUUCUGAAGGUGAAGAACCGCUCAGUGCCGGUGGUUCACAAAAGCCGGAAGAUCUACAGUGGAACACAGAGUGUGGACUGUUGGUUCGCUCGAAACAACGCUGCUAAGCUGAUAGACGGACAGUAUGAGGACUACUUGAUGUCACAUAUGUUCGACACAGGAGACAGCUCACAAGGCACAAACAGACUCUGAAGGCUGUUGGGAAUUCCAGUGCCAACAUCUCAUUAUUUGAAUUAACUCCUUUCAUAAACAGUUAUCACAUCCCAGCAGACUAAAAUAGCCGAAAACUACAGUUUUCUUUCCUUCACAGGUCGCUUUUGAACAUAUUUUUAUAUUUCUAAUUGAUUUUUAAUGUUUUAAUGAUAUAUUCUUUAAUAUUUCCACACUUGUAGAU